GACAAAAUGUAUUUAAUGUGUUUACUGUUAAUGUAUUUUGCGUCAUUUAUGUUUUACUCUUUACGAAACAAAAUAAUGCUCUAGCAGUUUUGUUACAAGUAAAACUAGAUCUUCUUUCCUUAUUUACUUACUUCUUCCUCUUAAUCAUUAUCAAGGAUAUUAUGAAUGAGAAUGAAAUAUGGUAGGUAUUGAAAGUUUGUAAGCAGAUGGAAAAAUUAUUCUUUGAGCUGUAGAACUAUUAAAUAUAUGAAAAAGACUUUUCUUAGCCCAGAAUCUUCAGACCCUGAGUACUUUCAUUAUGGGUAUCUUCAUUUCAAAACCACCUUUCCAACCACCAGGUUUAUCAACAUAUAGGCUAGAGUGUUUCAUCUAGCUAGAGAAAUGUCAGUGGUUGGCAUGGAACCCGUGCCAACUUAUUUAUCAAAUGCCUUUAAGGAAUAUUACUUGGACUGUUUUUCUCAUCAUAGAUCUUGGUAAUUUUUUUUAUAAAUACUGAAUACAGCUUGUUUUGUAUGUCUUUAAGAACAAUAUAUUUUAAACUGUAUUGCCAUUCUGAAACUUUUGUUUUUCAGGUAAAAAUGAAGGAGACACCUCUGAGCUCAUGUGAGCGUAAUUCAGUAAUAACAGCUAUCCAGAAAGGGCUGAGGCAUGAUAACAGAGAAUUUCUGGAAGUGCGUGAUAUAAAUAUCAGUUUCGGCAAAGAUUUUGGAUCCUGCACAGUAACACUAGGACUAACACGGGUUUUAGCACAGGUAACAUGUGAAGUAGUUGAACCCAGACCGUCAAGACCAAGUGAAGGCAAAAUUUCGAUUUCUGUCCAUUUGUCACCCAUGGCAGCACCGCACUUUGAACAAGGAAGAGGAAACGAUCUGGUUGAAGAGCUGCAGCAAAUCUUGGAUCGUAAUAUCAAGGAGUCUCGUUGCCUUGACCUUGAAUCAUUGUGUAUCUUGGCAGAGGAGAGUGUUUGGCAGCUGAGGGUUGAUGUCACUGUCCUCAACCAUGCAGGAAAUCUUGGAGAUGCUUGCAAUCUUGCUAGCGUAGCAGCCCUUCGCCACUUCCACAGACCAGAUGUUACUGUGGAAGAGGAUGGCCGAGUAACAAUCCACACCCUGGAGGAACGAGAACCCAUACCAACCUUCAUGAAGAAAGUUCCUGUCUGCCUGACUUAUGCCUUCUUUAUGGUGGAUGAGAAAUGCCAUAUGCUAAUGGACCCUUCAGAUUUGGAAGAGAGAGUGAUGUCUGGCAAACUAAUUGUAGGCCUCAACCCACAUGGAGAGAUUACAUCCAUGAUGUUCCCCGGUAGAGUUGCACUUCAAAAACGUGAAAUCAUGAACUGCAUUCAGAAUGCUUUCUUAAAGGCCAAGGCAUCAGCUGAGAUGGUUGCUAGGGUGGUGGAUGAUGAUGUGAUGAAAAGAAAAUCUGUCAUUAAACCAGCUGGAUAUACAAAUUGUCUUGUAUCAGAUACUUCAUAUAGAAGAAAGAAAAUUGAUGAGUUAAUUGAAAAUGAGAUAAGAGGGGAGUUUGUCGUCCCUGAGGAACCUAUGGAAGAAGAGGGCCCCAAAAUAGAAGACCGUAUGUAUGAUUCCGAAGAAGAGGAAGAAGAGGAGUCCAUGGAGUCAAGUAGUCCAAAGAAACCAGUUCAAGCAGCUGCAAAUAACAAAAAGAAGAAACCAACUUCAGUGAGUGAUAGUGAAGAAGAAGAGACUGAACAGACCCUAACUGCAAAAGAUUUACAGUAGAAUUUCUUGGUGUGGUAGCAAUAGUCCCAACAUUCACUUUUUGAUUUUUGUAUACUAGUGUCUCCACAUACACUUUCUAAUGGUUGACCUGUUAUUAGACUUAAAGAAUGAAUAUAUAACAGUACUGUAUGACUAUGAAUAUGAAUAAAUCAGUGAGAUGAA